GGCGUGCCUGCAGCGGCAGCAGCUGCUGCCUGCGGAAUAGACCCACAUGUUAUGACGAGCGUAGACAGAUUCGUGGACUCUUUGUGCCUUACCGAGGCUCUUCCUAAGAAAGGAGAGUCUCCGCUUGCCUCCAAGACACCCCCACCAGCUCUCUGGCAGCUGCUGCAAGGCGGAAAGCUGCUGAAGCGCCUAGUGGUUCCUGGAGAGGGGGAGGAUCGACCGCACCUGGAAUGCAACGCCACUUUAGACUUCUCGCUCUAUACCUUGCAUGGCCUUAAGCUGCUUGAUAAUCACCACAUGCAUGCGGAAUUCGUCGAGAUCCCUGUCGCGAACGCAGCUCGAGGAGUCCGUGAGGCUUUGAUGACAAUGCGCCACAACGAGAGAGCAGUGUACUUACUGCACCCUUCUCUCAGUCUGCCACAGGAUUUCCAAUUCAUUUUCCCCUACAAUGCCACGGCAGCCGCCAAGGAUCUGCAGCACCCCCCAAAAGAAGACGUGGAGCUCAUGGGGCCCCCCAGUCCACUAAACCCGAAGCUCACCGCGGAGCAGAAGGAACAGGAGAAGGCUCUACAGCAGCAGCUGCGCCUCCUGCGGGAGCUGCAGCAGCAGCACAUGCCACGGUACACGGAGAAGGACGUUGUAGAGCUCACGGGGAAAGAAUGGCUCAUGCUGGAUUUAACCCUCUGCAGCUUUUACGGGAGCGCCUCUCGCUGGUGGAGCAUUGGGCCUGAUGUGGAUCUGCAAAAGCAAUUUCCCACCGAAAUAAUCCCCGAAGGGCAGAGCCUGCACGACGUUGUGGAGGCCAAAACAGACAUGCUGAAGCAGAACAUCCACGAUGAGAUGGCUAGCAACCCCAGCAGUCCCUUGUGGGAAGAUCUAGAGGGGAACAUGACGCAGGCGCAUAAGGAGCGCCAGGCUGAGUAUCUCGCGAAUUUGGAGGGCGAUCAGCUCCCAGAAGAUCCGAGCAUCCUUGGAUCUCGCGGAUUUAACGAGCACCGGAUGAAGCAGACAGUCAAUGCAGGAGGCUACGAGGAAGGCCCCAGAAUGGAAGGCCUCUCUUCUGUGUAUGGCUGGCGAGAGACUGAGAGUGCCUUCGAAGUGGUUCUGCUCGUAAAGCCUGGAAUCCGCAAAGAGCACUUCGAGUUGCAGAUCACCCCGAAGACUUUUGCGCUAAACGUCUUGGGAACUCCUGUGCUAAAAGACUCAUUUCUCUACACCAUUGAUUCAGCCGCUGGCCCCUCAUGGGCCUUUACAGAAGCGGUGGGUAGGGGUCUACUGCUGCCCCCUGUGUGUGCUAGCAGCCACGAGGGCUCUCUGCCUCCUUGA